AUGUUUGGUGGUAACACUUUAAAACCUAGGUACAGUAAGGUUUCAUCCAACCCUUCCUCCUUCCUCCCACUUCCAGCGACGGUUGGUGCACAAAUCAAAACACAAUUGAAACACAAGAAUGUGGUGGUGGUGAUAGUGUUCAUAGUAUUUGUAUUCUAUGUGUUUGUUUCACCACUAUUCCACUUCAUAACCGGGUCGUUUGGAUCAAAACCAACGGUGCGCAAGUAUCCCAGGGGCCAUGUAUCGACGAGUCACCAUAUGAUUGAAAUCAACUCGAGAUACAUCUAUCCACCGAUCGAGCAUGCUCCAUAUUUAAAGGAAUUGACUAUCUACAAUUUGGUCCAAGAAAGCAAGGUCAGAGACUCCAAUUUCCCGGAAAUCGAAAAGACUCUUGUCCAAUCGUUAAAUAUAUACGAUAACCCGGACCCUAGAGCUCAGGCUAUCAAGGAAGAUGAGCAAAAUAAGUACCUGGAUUUGCUGAGAGCCAAAAACGCUUUCAAAAACAAUGACAAGAAGGUUUUCAAACCCAAAAAAUUGUCUUCGGGAUCUUAUCCUGAGGUCAUCGUAGUAACAGCUGUAGAUUUUGAAAAAUACUCCGUUGAGGCGUUGACCAUGAUUGUCCAAAAUAGAGUAGAUUAUGCACAUAACCAAAACUAUGGGAUAUAUGUGAGGUGGGCCCAAGAGUUUUUGCCUCAUUUGAAUUCCAUGCAUGCCCUUGAAAAUCUGGAGAAGAGAAAGUGGAUUAGAAUCUUCUGUAUAAGAGCUGCCAUGUUUGCCUUUCCUGAGGCUAAAUGGUUUUGGUAUUUGGAGGAAGAUGCCAUCAUUAUGAAACAUCUGAUUAAUAUCAAGGAUUACAUCUUGAACCCUGCCGCUUUGAACCCUAUAAUGCUCAGAGAACAACUGAUUAUCCCACCGCAAGGAACAAUAAAAACGUAUAAAAAUUCAAAGGCAGAAAACAUUAGGAUUAUCUUAACUCAAUCUGAAAGUAAGUUGGAAACAAGCUCAUUUAUGGUUAAAAAUGAUGACGUUGGUAGAUCCAUCAUUGACCAAUGGAGUGAUCCAUUGUACUUAAACUACCCUAACUUUCCCUACGGUCCAGAUUCUGCGCUUACUCACAUUUUACAGUGGCACCCAUUUAUAUUGAGUAAGACGUCCAUUAUCCCGGCCAGAACCAUAGCUGCUCAACAUACGGAUGUGGAAUUGCCACCUCCUACCAACGGUAAGGGCGGGGAUCACAUCCAUUACUACAAUGGAGACUUCGUGGCCCACUGGAGUGACUGUAAGGGACUGGCUUGCGAAGCAAAUGUAGAGCAUUAUUUCAACCUUAGGAAGACUGGGGCGUCAUCCUAA